AACGCAUUUACGUGGAGGCCCGCGCGCUCAGCGGACGCCCGACCCGUCAGUGCCUGCCAGUACUCCAGUGCCAGUACUCGUGUGCAGUGCCAGUGGAUAGUGUGAAUGUUUCAGUGCGCUACUCGAGAUUUUCAAUUGGGUACGAAAAUGGUGAAACUAAAUCAGAAAAUACGAAAAAAACCCUGAAACACUUUUGUGUCGACACAAUGUGACACUCAAAUAGACUAAAAACAAAAUUUCAUACAAAAAUACUCGUGUAUAAUUCUAUAAUCAACAGUCUAGACUGGUUCUAGCAGAGCACGCAACGAACAGAACUGAACCGCGGACUUUAGCUAACCGCUAGCGCCAUCUACCGCCUCACUCUAUUAUACUGAGCUCUCAGAUAGUAGCUGUGUGCAAAUAGUGCUGGAUUAUCAUCAUAGUGUUUCUAACAGACAAUCAUAACCAAAAGAGUGUGUGACAAGAGUGUUGAGAGUGUACUUGUGAUGCACGAUGGAUCUGCACGCCCCGCCCAUGGUAGUACAUUCAUACGAGCCCCACGCUCCUCUGCUGGAGGUAGAGGGGCUGGACCCUCACAGCCCACAGCAGAAGGUUCUCAUACACGCACCUGCUAUGCAAAACCAAGAGCUCAUGCCCGCUGACCACCGGAAUGGAGAGUACGACUUUUCAGAUGAGCAGUACGCACACCACGCGCACGGCGGCAGCCAGGGCAGCGACGGUCACGGCGGAGUGAACCAGCUGGGCGGCGUGUUCGUGAACGGGCGGCCGCUGCCGGACGUGGUGCGCCAGCGCAUCGUGGAGCUGGCCCACAGCGGCGUGCGGCCCUGCGACAUCAGCCGCCAGCUGCGCGUCUCGCACGGAUGUGUCUCCAAGAUACUCUCCAGGUACUACGAGACGGGCAGCUUCAAGGCCGGCGUGAUCGGCGGCUCCAAGCCGAAGGUGGCGACGCCGCCGGUGGUGGACGCCAUCGCGGCCUACAAACGCGAGAACCCAACCAUGUUCGCGUGGGAGAUCCGCGACCGACUCCUCAGCGAAGGCAUCUGCAGCCAGGACAACGUGCCUUCCGUCUCCAGCAUUAACAGGAUCGUCCGCAACAAGGCCGCGGAGAAGGCGAAGCACGCGCACAACCAGCAGCAGCAGCAGCAGCAGGAGCAGGAGAUCUCCUCCGCGCAGGGCAGCGUCGUCUCUGUGAUAACGCACGCGGGCAGCGGCGGCGCCGGGACCGGGGAGCCGCCCGCCAGCUACAGCAUCAACGGCAUCCUGGGCAUCGAGCACGUGGACGCGCUGCCCCCCGCACCCGCCGCGCCCCCCGCACUCAAGCGGAAGCGCCAUGAGGACCAGGAUGAGAACCGGGACUUCAACAGUCACUCGGAGGACGACAUCAAGCGACAGAGAGGACACUACAAUGGAGAUCAGAUAUACUCCAACCUCUGGUCGUCGUCCAAGUGGAGCCUGAAGGACGAGUACAAGCUGCUGUCGGAGCUGUCCGGGGGCGCGGGCGGCUACUACCCCGAGCUGUUCGAGCCGUACGAGCACGCGCCCCCCGCCGCGCACCCCGCGCACCCCGCACACCCCGCACACCCCGCACACCUCGCGCACCACGCAGCGACGAAUGAGUCCGGAGGCUCCACCGGCGGCGCGGAGCCUCCCUCCGCGGCCGCCAGCCCCGACGCCGCCGCCCUGGUGGUGCUGCAGCCGCCGGCGCCGCCCUACCCGCCCUACGCGCACUACGACGGCAGCACGACGCUGGCGAGUGAGUACGCGUAUGCUGCUCCAUACUCACAGUACUCGCCCUACGGAGGACCGUACUCACACUCCACCGCCACGGGCCUGCUCUCCAAGUGAUAUCAGCGGAGAGCAGCGGCGGGGGCUGCCGCGGCCGACGCCUGACCGCGCGGCGGGGUGCGGGGUGCGCGGGGCGCAGGGGGGCGGUCGUCUCGUCGCUUGCCUGCAGACGCUCGGCACCUCGAUCACACGGAUUAUACUCAAUAUGUUUAGUUCAAUAUAAGGCAUGAACCAAAGUGUUGGUGAACUUUACUAAGACUAAUGUAAAUAAUGUAUUGUAAGUUUGACUGUAAUGUAUUGUAAUGUCGACCUCACGACCUCACGGGACAUUCGUCGAGCGGCGUUGCCUGCCUCGACAGACACGGUCCGCAGCGCAACCCUCCUCUUACUACUGUGUCUACACACGUUAGUGUUUGUUUGAUGAGCUCUCUGUUCUCUUAUGUAUUGUUUGUAUUGUUGUCGCACCGGGAGGGAGGUCGAGCUCACCGCCGCUCACCGCCACUCACCGCCGCUCACUGUCGCUCCCACGCCUGUACCUAACAACUAAUGGGCUGUCCGAGUGAGGUUCACACGUAUGUACCUACAUACAGUUGUUGUACAGGUGUACAUACAUACGUGCUGAUAAUAAAGAGCCAUUUAGUGAUUUCAUUAUUCAUUCAUAUUCUUUGAUCAACAAUGCUAAACUCAUGAUCCGCUACGACCGCCGCUCCCUCUGCGACGCGCCGUGACCCGCUGCGAGCUGAAAUUACUAUGAGAUUAUUUGUGUUUUAUAUUUUUAUAUAAAUGUUUAGUUUCAUAUGAUGGUGUAUAUAUAGUAUAUAGCGGCGUCGUCCUGCAUCGCUGUAUGCCAUAAUAUAUUAUUAUACAGGUAGACAUGUUCAAAUACCUUUAGGAUAUUGUUUCAUUAUGUACCUAUGUUAGUUGGCAAUCUUAUCAUUUCCGUCCAUUCGUUAUUAUUUUAUUUUAUGUUAAUUUAAUUUGAAUGCACAAUGUUGGUGUAUAUGUGUAUAUGUAAACUAGACGUGGACCGGACCACCCGCGAGCUUUGUACACUCUCGACUUCAAUCAUACAGUUUAGAGAAACGCCAAAGACAUGAUAUUAUACAUAGUUGCGGCGCGGCGUCGCUCGCUCCGGACGCGCUCCGACGCUCUACUGCCCUGUUCGGACCUCGCGUGUAUGUGCAGUGUCGGCAGCGCGGCCGGGUUUCUAUUCGUUAUCCUAGGACAGCCGCGGCUGAGCAGCAAGCCCGGCCCCGCGUGCGUCCGCCGACACUCCUCACUCACCCUCCGCACUGGCGCUGGUCUUGAGAUAUUUCCCAGGGGUCAUGUGCCGAAAUAUGUUUAUUUAUUUACUUUUUAUACCAAAUUCCUUUGAAUCGCGCAUGUGAGAACUGGGCAGCUUCCAGAUCUAUAGUAGAAGGUUCAGUGGAAGGGUCCUCUCGAGACGCGACGGCCCGGGCGGACGCUCCCUGUACACUCACACGGUACACACUCGCGUGUGUCGUAUCGAAUCAAGGACGCAUACUCGUACUGCUACUGCUACUGUUGUAUUCUUUAUUUAGUAUUAUUUAUUGAGGAGUCAGGUGUCGCUGCCGGGCGCGGCCGCGGACCGACUCGAUCGAUUAGUGAUAUGUUUAUGGCAGUUUAAUAUGAAAUUAUGAUUCUUGUUUAAUUUGUAUAUUCGUAAGUAUAUCUGUAUAAGUUACGGUAAACGCACCACUACGAAAUAAACGCAUACGAGUUUAUA